AUAUGCAAAAGAACAUUUUCCAGCAGGUUAAAUAAAGUGCUCAAUAUUAAUGGAAAAAAUAUGAACUAAGUCUUUUGGAAUGGUGAGUGCUGCCCUUUUUCCUUCCAUAUUUGAAAAAGUUGCUUAUAAACAUUGGUCCAAACUAAAAAAUUAUUUUUUUUUCUAAAAAGGUGAAUUUUGUUUAAAUUUUUUUGUUUGUGUUGAAUUGAAAAAGAAUACCUCUAUUAACAAUGCAAUAUAUAAUAAACAUCACUCAAUCAAACAAACAGAAAUGUUUUUAAAAACUUGAGCAAGUAGAAUAGAUCUUUAAAUUGAAUAUUAUAGUUUGAUUGAAUUUUUAUUUUUUCUGUAGUAUGCCUAAUGAUAAUAUAAAUAAAUGCAAAUAUGUUGUUCAUGUGUAAAAAAAAUAAUAAUAUAAAUGUAUCCUCUGCAUUUUUACUAAAUCUUUGCAUGACAUAUUUCUUAAUGUAACUCACAGACAGACUUUGAAUGUAAAAAAAACAACUAUUAACUGUUCCAUUAAUUAUUAUUUUGUUAAUAAUUAUUUAUCAGGAGAGUCCGAGAGAUGUUCAUAUUCAGAUAACCCACAAACUCACAGAGGAUGGCCUGAACCCAGCCUCAAAUGACCUUGAAAAGUUACUGUUCCUCUGGAAGCUGUACCAGCAUGCUCAGGUAUUAAAUACCUUGGGAGUAAACCGUAAAUGACGUUACACGUUUUGGAGUGGGGGUGUGGUCAUUAAUUUGUGAGGAUCUAAUUGUGUGAUAAAUUUGUGAAAGUGGGGGAAGGGGUCCAGAAUCUGCCAAAAAGCAUGACAUCAUUUAUGGAUGGCCCCUUUGCACAGAUGGUAUUUGAAUACUUUUGUAAUGAAAUUAUAAUUUAUUAUAUUAACUUUAUAUAGGCAAUGAGAUGGUAUAGAUGCCUUUUGAUUACUUUUGUAUAGGUGUGGAGAUUUUGUUUAAAAAUUAAAUACAUAAAUAUAUGCAUAGGGAAGAUAUUAUUUAAAUACAAUUUUAGAGACAUGGAGAUGGUAUACAUAAGUAAAUGCAUAUAAAUGAUUUUCUAAUGCUAAGUCUCUAGAAUUUGAGGUAUAAAACUUACAUAAGAAAAAAGAACUAAUAGUGAUAUAGCAUUAAAAAUUUUCAUUCUGUUUGACUUUCAGUAUGUUUAGCAGUAAUUUGUCAUACUGAGUCUAUUCAAAUGUUUCAAACUUGAGUGCUGAACUUUAAAGAUGUAUGCAUCAGUUUUAAGAAUAUUUACUGGUUCUUUUAACAAUAAACUAAGUAACCUAUGCCCUAACCAUACAAAUAAUAAUUACAGCGAUAACAGUCAUACAAGAAAAUUGUUGAACACAGUGUUCUCCUUUCAAAAUAGGUUGAUGCUAAAAUGUGGCCUAAUAAGCUUCCAGAAUUUCUUAAUUCAUGUGAUACAGGAUGAUCUUGUACAAGCACGGACAUCUGAAAAUAGACUUAAGGAUGCUCAGGCAGCUGAGAUGAAAGAGGUUGAGAGCUAUGUUGAGCACAUCCGUCAACUGUCUGAUGAGAGGGAGUCUUUGAUACAAGAGCUGGAGUCAGAGAAUGAGGUUUUGAAAGCUCAGAUUGUUAGCAUGGGACAAGAGGGCAAAGGUGAGGGUCAUUGAUAAAUUCUCUUUGAGGUUUUCUAUAUGUAAGAAUAUUUAAGAACAGUUUUUAAAAUUAUAUUCCAUAAGUAAGUUUGAUCACAUAAAUUAUUAAUAAAAUGUAUUUUAAUUUUCAUUAAUUUCCAAAUCUGGCCUUUUUCUUACAUGAUAGAUUGAUACUGUCACUCAUUUCCUCCACUAUUUUCUUUUGGGUUUGAAAAGUUCAGAAUGAAAUUUCUGAUGUCAUAAGAUAAGAAGGGAUAAGAUUCUUUUAUCGAUCAAAAACAGAUGGAAAUUUUGCUUUUAUUACAUUGUACAUAUUUAUUUUCAGCACAUAGAUACAUAUCCUUACCAAGAAAACAUUUCUAAACUAGAAUAAUUUAAACAAAAGACAUCUAAAAUAUUUAUUAAACGCAAAAAUCAGACAUGGAGACUUUAAAAUGUAGCUUCCCCUAAUAAGAAUUAAUUUUUGUGAUGAGACUUAAAUCCAUACCUGUUUACCCUCAAACUCUUAAAAUCGUACAAUAUCAUCACAAAAUCAUUCAAUACAUUAUCUUAAUAUUGAAAAAUAAACGUACAGUAUAUAUAAUGUAUACACCUCAAAAUCAUACAUCGUACGCCAAAAUCGUAAGAGUAAACAGGUCUGUAAAUCUUAUUAGACUCAGAAAAUACAAUCGCCUUUACUUGACCUGAGUGCAGGCUUACGCCAGCUAAUAUCACAAAAAUUUAUUUUCUAGAUCAUCAUUUAUGUUCAGAGCUGUUUAUUUUCACCAGCAGUGGGUGGCCAGCCAGAAGUUGCUGAGAUGCUGACCAAGCAAGGCCUGGCAGAACUGGCCAAAUCUACACCCAGUGAGCAAAUAGCCUACCUUCUUGUGGAGAGAGCCCGCCUCCUCGAGGAGCUGGAAGAACGCCAAAGUGGCUCCAAUAAUCCAAAUUCUAGCAUUCAUGUGGAAGGGCGGAGCUUGGAGACAGAGCUCAAGGAGACUCUUGAGCAGGUGAUUCUGUCAACUCCUGUAAACUUCACAUCAGACUAAAUUUGAAAAUUAAUUUUUUUUUUUUUUUUUUUUUUUUUUUGCAAAAAAACAAGAUUCUUUAGUGAAUUUGUUUGUUUCUUUUCUAUUGCUUUGAAUAAAGAAUGGAAGACAAAAACACAAUAGCUGAACUACUCUCAGAUUUUAACAGAGUUUAAACAGAUUUUUUAAACCAUCUUUUUUAAAAGACUUUUUUUUAAACAAACUUUUUUAACAGACAGCUUUUGUGUUUACAUGAUGUCACACAUUUAUUUUAUAUAAAUAAACCCAAUGAAAGCUGUUUUACUUCAUCCACGAACUCAAGUAUUUUAUACAGGAGUUUUAAUCUGUUUAUUUACUCCCUGCAGGAAAGAGCCGAGUUUGAACAGGAGCUGAAGCAGGAGAAAGAGAGUGCCAAAAAUUUCCUUGAGCAACUCAAGAGGGAGCACGAAGAGGAGAUCAGCGCCUUGAUAGAAGAUAACGGCAAAUUGGAGGAGGAUCUGCAGAAUGCUGAAAUGUUGGUGAGAUAUGGGAUCAUAUCUCCUCCAGAUGGAUUAGUCAUCAUAAAUUAUGUCAACUGCCUUCAUGUUGAAGUGUCCUUUAAAACAGGAAGUUGCAGCAGCGAAUGCGAACGGCUAUUAUACAAUUAUAUCUUAGUCUCUCUCUCUCUCUUUGCUGGCUUAUCAUUAAAGCUGCAUCCAAAGUGCAUUUUGUUAAAAUAAAAUCUUAAGUUUGGCGCAGAAUUAUUUCAAGUGCACAAACAAAAAUUUUUUUUGCUUCCAGAACUAAGAACUAUUGUUAGAUGUUUGCAAAAAAUUAAUCAUUGAUUAAAAUUACAAUAUGAAGUUCAAUAAAAAAAAAAUUCACAAGGCAUUUCUCCCCCACCCCACAAAUCAAUAAAUUAAACAAUGUCCUUAUGUGAUUAAUGUGCAAGUUUGAUCAAAAUGAUUUGUGAGCCUGGUCAAUUCAAUACUUGUAUCUUCACAACCUCAACACUGCAGCUGUCUCAACUGAAGGCUGAACUCAGUAAGUACACUGACGGAGAUGACCUCGAGGGCAGCAUGAAUGAAGGGAUGAUGAAAUCUGGCAGCAGCGAAGACAGGCGGAGGCUGGAGGAGGAGAGGAACCAGCUCAACAGACAGAGAGAGGACAUAGAGAAGGAGAUGGAGGAGAUUGAGAGUGACAGAGCAGAUUUUCAAAAGGAGAAAGAUCUGUUUUACAGAGAAAAGGUCGAAGUAGAGAAAGAGAAGUAAGCUCCUCCUUUCUUUGAAUGGGUUUUAAAAUGAUGUUGGUAAGACGUAUAAGGAAAUGAUAUUGGCAAUACUUUCAGGGGAAAUGAUAUUGGAUGCAUGUGUUUAGAAAAGAAUCUGAUUGAUUAGAUGGUAUAGUUAUUGGGUUUUUUUUGGUGAAGUUUUUGUUUUCUAAGUAUUUCAAAUGAUUCAUAUUUUUUAAUGGUCUGUCUUAGUUGCUAGCUCUUUGCAUGUGUUGUUUGCUUCUUUGUUGUUGUUUUUUUUUUUUUUUAAGUAAAGAUAGAUGAAUUGAAGGGUAGCAAUGGUUUUAAAGAUAGAUGGAUUGAAGGGUGGCAAUGGUUUUAAAGAUAAAUGGAUUGAAUGGUAGCAAUGGUUUUAAAGAUAAAAGGAUUGAAGGGUAGCAAGGGUUUUAAAUAUAGAUGGAUUUUUGUUUUCUAAGUAUUUCAAAUGAUUCAUAUUUUUUAAUGGUCUGUCUUAGUUGCUAGCUCUUUGCAUGUGUUGUUUGCUUCUUUGUUGUUGUUUUUUUUUUUUUUAAGUAAAGAUAGAUGAAUUGAAGGGUAGCAAUGGUUUUAAAGAUAGAUGGAUUGAAGGGUGGCAAUGGUUUUAAAGAUACAUGGAUUGAAUGGUAGCAAUGGUUUUAAAGAUAAAAGGAUUGAAGGGUAGCAAUGGUUUUAAAUAUAGAUGGAUUGAAGGGUAGCAAUGGUUUUAAAGAUAGAUGGAUUCAAGGGUAGCAAUGGUUUUAAAUAUAGAUGAAUUGAUGGGUAGCAAUGGCUUUAAAGAUAGAUGGAUUGAAGGGUAGCAAUUGUUUUUAAAGAUAAUGGAUCGAAGGGUAGCAAUGGUUUUAACGAAUGUUAUAAAAUAGCCAAUGUUCUGUUUACACUCAAACCAUGUAAAUAAUAUGUCCAUACGUACCAUUUGUAAUUAUCCUUAUGGUACUCCUUGAAACUGUUAAAAUGUGUAGAUGCCACACCAAAAAUAUGUUCACAGGUCAAACUUACAGAGAGAAAUGUCCAAGCUGAAUGAAUUAAAGGAAGACUUGGAGGACGAGAGAAUAGAGAUUGAUCUCGAGAGAGAGGUUUUGGAAAAAGAGAGACAACAGCUAAAGAAGAGAAUGGAGGAAUUUGAAAGCAGGAAAGCUGUCUCAGAACAAGAUGACUUACUGAAAGAGAAGACAACUCAGGAAGAAGAUGAAAAAGAGGGUGAAUUUUUUUUUAUUUAGAUAAGCAACUUUAACCAAUUCCUGCCUGGAAAGCUGUCUACUGCCUUUUUUUAUUUUUAUGUUCUCAUUCAGGAUAUAGGGCAAACUAAUUCUUAAAGUUUACUACUGAUCUUGUAAAGAUACCACUCUUCAGUCUUGGUCACUGAAAAAAAAAGUAAAUAACUAAUUGAAUUAAAAUUUUUUUUAAAACUUCAAUUUCAAACACUUGAUGUUUAUAACUUUAUGUUUAUAACUUCAUGUUCAUAACUUUAUGUUUAGUUUGCAGAGAUAAAUCAUGUUGUUGUUUUUUUUGCACAUGAUCUAAGAAUCAGACCUUUUUUCUAUCAAUGAAAUAAUGUUUAAAUCAGAUCUUGAGAAUGCACUGCUGUUGUAAACUCUUCGAUGAGAAAACUUCAUGCGCUGAUCAAACUUAACCAACUGCCUUUUCUGACUUUUCACUAAGGGAGUUCAUUUUUUUUUUAAAAGACAAAUACUUAAGAUGUCUUGUGUUUUAAAUUGUUCUCAUUGUAAAAUGCUUUCGUGGUUAAAAUAUAUAUUUAUUUAUGUACUGAAAAUGAAUAUAUACAAAGUACUCAAAAAAACAUUUCCAUUUAUUUGGAUUAAUAAAAGAAUCUUAUCUAACUACCCAUUACAAAUCCUUGCUUUAUCAUUCUUAUCUAACCCUUCCAUUUCAACAACUUGUCUCACCUGAAUUAUCUAACUCUUCUAUUUCAAACACCUGUCUCAUAUGACUUAUAUAACCAUCCCAUUUCCCCCUGCUGUCUAGGUGUAAGAGCUAAAACCUUGAGGAGUGGCAGCCCAGCACGACCUGCCAAUGACAUGAUGCUGAGAAAAGUAAUUGAAGAUAAGACCAAAAUUGAAGGAGAACUUGUGCAGAUGAAGGCGCAGAUGAGGUCGAUGCAGAAGGAGAAAGAUGCUCACGAUGAUGUGGUGUGUAUUUAUUUCUGACCUUGUUUUAAUUCAAUAUUAUUUAAAUGUGUUAAAAAUUAAAUCCAUUUUUAAGGCCUUUAUCUCUCAGGUGUUACCACAUCUCAAUACCUGCCUCAGGUUUGUUUUUCAUUUCCAUUUCAAAGCAAACUUAAUUGUUUAAUUUAUUUUCUCUCAUGGUAGGGCAAGAUGUAGGUCAUGGCCUGCCAGUUGAACUAAUCUGCUCUGUCAAGCCCAUCCUUGCCUGAAGUAAACUGUCUACUACACUUAUAACUUUGUCUCUUUAUCUCCUGCAUCUAGUCCACAUUUAACAGACCACCUGCUCUAUUUAGUCUGGAGAAGAACUCAUCUGCCAACCAAUCCCCUGAAACAAGGGAAAGAACCCUAACAUUCUCUCAGUCACGAUUCUCACCUCUCCCCCAAAGGGUACUUGCCACUAUUUCCUGUUACAUUUUUCAUUGCUUCAUUCUCCAACAGGUACAGACCCUAAAGAAAGACCUGGAGAAGUCCCUUGUCUUACAGCAACAGCUGCAGCACAAAAACAGGAACCUGAUUGCUGACUUAGAUGCCUUGGAGGCACAGACAGAGGAGCUCGAGGUAUGACAAGGCCUCUCAGAAUAUAGGAUCAAAAAUUGUAUAUAGUUGAAAAUCAGCUUCUGAUACAUCAAUGUAAAAAUUGAAGAAAAAGAAGAGACACUGAUGUCAGUUUCAAUUUUCCAAGAUUUUCAUUUCAGCAGAGAAUUACAUUGAUUGUCUUAAUAUAAUUAUUAAAUUUUUAAAAUAGCGGCCUCAAAACUUAACUAGUAGCACACCACAGAGUGACAAAUCAUGUAGAUUUAAACAAAUAUUUAAGUUCAUCAGAUUAAGUUAUUUUGUCCCACCCCAUGUAGAGAAAAUUGAUUUGGAAGUCCAUGAAUACAUUGGUAAUUUAAAUAAGAAAUGUUUUGUUCAUUCCGAGCAAUCCAUUCUGUCAUCGUUUUAUUAAAAUUCAAAUUAUAUUUUAAAGUGUUUUUUUUCCUUAUUGAAAGGAAACAUUCACAAUGAUUCCUUUGUUUUUUUUCACCUGCAGACCAAACUGGAAACUGUCACAAAGGAGAGAGACAAUCUGGCAGCCAAAUGUGAAUCCUUAUCUGUUGAACUAAAAACUUUACGUGCAGACGCCAAUAAAUCCUCAACUCUUCAGGAUAUUGUUGAAAUAUUGACCAAUGACAAGAAACAGUUAACAGAGUCCCUAGAGACAAUCAAGAUCAAAUAUGAGCAGACCUCCAAUGAAAAAGAGGAACUAGUCAAUCAAACCAAAAAACUUUCAAAGGAGGAGCAAGACCUGACCAAUCAUGUGCAAGUUUUAAAGCAAGAACUAGAAAAGGUCACCAGAGAGAAGGAGCAGCUGACUAGUGAAAAACAGGAAUUACUUUCUGUGACCAAGAAGCAGGAAGAGGUGGAGAAUUUACUGCGGGCUGACCUUGAAGAGACAAGAAAAGUUAUUAUUGAAUUUGAAUUCAAUUUAUUUUAGUAUUUUAAAAGUGUUGGAAAGUUUUUAUUUAAAAAAACUACAAAUUAAUUUAAAAUAUCUUUUUUUUAAUGGAUUAAAAAAUAUACUAGGUAAAUUAAAAAACUUUUUAAAUAAAUAGUGUAUUGAUUAACCCUUGUUUGCAUAUUGUAUAGAUUAACCCUUGUUCGCAUCCUGUUUUUUAUGAUCUUGUGGGUUUAACUGAUAGGGUUGUUUUUUUUUUUAAAGUUAAUUUUAUGUCUUAACAAAUAAAAACUGCUGAAUAAUAUCUUUAUUUGCAUUAUAAGAAAGAAUUGUAAAUAACUAUUAAGUUGUGGUUCCCUCAGAUCAAGGAGAAACUGACCAACCAGACCGAAACACUGAGUAAAGAAAAUAAAGACUUGCUUAACAGGCUUGACAGGGCUAAGGAAGAACUGGAGGCGGCCAGGCUGCAAGUCCAGGAGAUUGAUAAGCAAAAGGUAAAAUUUCUUGGAAAGAAUGGAUCAACCAAGAAUUAAUUUCUGUUACUAUGAAUGAAUCAUUAGCUUUAGUAAAAUUAAAUUAAUGGUUAAAAAAAGUAAUAUUUGAUGCUUUUGAGUGACAGUUGAAUUAUUUAAGCCUAGACACAUCUUGUUCCACUAUUUACGCAGUCCUUCUUAUAUUAUCAUUUAUACAGAUUUACAGCAUUCUGGAAUGUUCAAUGUAAUAACUAUGUAAGGAUCUAUGUAAUAACUUGGUUACCACAUUUUAACUACUCCACCAAUUGAAGAGACACAUUCUGCUUGCAAGCCACUGUUAGGGGGGGNUGGGAACCCGUGCGCUUCAUGACUUUAUGCACAGGAACACACGUAUGUACACACAUACGCACAAAGAGGGGGGGGGGGGGGGGGGUUAGAGAGAUGUCUGAUUUAUAAAGUAGCAGUUAAGACCUUUCACCUGUUCCACCUGUUUCACCUGUAGAUCAUAAUUGGUCACCUGAAAGAUCAAAACCAGCAGGUUCAAGGCCAGCUCAAGUCUGCUCAGCUUGAGUUGGAGAGAUCCAAAGAGAAGGAAACUAUGCUAAUCACAAAUCAGGUUAGUUGCGCAAUGGGGCUGUUGACGGGAUUAGGAGAAGCCAGAGCUGAGAAAAUAAAAUAACACUAGUUUAGUUAAGAAAUUUAAAUGUUGAAAAGAAUUGUUUCUUAAGUUCUUUAUUUUUUAUUAUUUGUUAAAACUAAAAUUUAAAUUUUUUAAAAGUUUUUUUUAAAUUAAGAUUUUUGAAAAGAAUUGCAGAUAAUAGCAUCUGCAAUAAGAAUCAAGCUGUUAUCAAUAUAAUGGUUGAUCUGAAAAUACAAAAUAGCUAAAGCUUCUGCUGGUGGUGUACUGGAUACAAACUACCCAAUUCAGCUUUUACAUUGUGAUGAUAAAUCCAAAUAUAAAUUAACAUAAACUUUAUUUCAGAACCUAUAAUUUCUAUUUCAGCAUUUGCUUCAGAGGAGCCACGGUGACACGGAAAAAAGGUUGGUAUUUUGUAAACAAUGUUUGGUGAACAUGUAAUUUACUAAAUAUUUAUAAAUUAUAUUUGUUAGGAUAAUGCAAGACACAAAGAUGUUGCUGUUGAAAAGUUGUUUCUUUUAAUUAAAAAUUUUGAAGUUUUCUUUUAAUGUUUAUGUAUAUAAAUCUUAAUUAAUCCAUACUUUUAUUCUGUACUUUAUUUGACUACAAGUUUGGAGCAGUAAGUUGGUCAACUCUUUCACUUAUAUUCUUGAUUAUAUUUUUUUUUUUAUUUGUCUACCUAUUUUCUUUAGUUUAAAGAAAUAAUUUAGAAUUUUUUGCUUCAUUUCAAUUUAGUAAGGUAAAAAAUAUAUUAAUUAAUAUAAAAAUAUAAAUACAUAAAUCUUGAACAUUUAGAUUAGAUUUUACAACCAAUACUUUACUUAAUAUUUAAUCCUUUCAUUGAGGGUUUUGGUUGUUAUACAGGAUUAAAGGAACAGUUAAAACACAUAAAACAUAAAUCUUGCCCCAAAAUCUGCAACCUUUUCAUUUUUCUAGAGUUAGCUGUAGAUACUUUUGUAGUCUGAGACCAUUCUUCCCAUCUCCUUAUAUUUUUAACUUCUUAUUGUUUUAUGAUUAUCAUGAGCAGUUUGGAAAUAUUUAGCCAGGUAAAGGUUUUUAGUGAUAAAAUGUUAGAAUCUUUUCAUUUCUCAUCUAUUGUUAGUUUCAGUUCUUUUGGAAUAGUUUUUUUUUAAUUUUUGUUCCACACUCUUAGAUAUAGAUUUAUUUGAUAAUCUCUUUAACUUUGUUUAAAUUAGAUAGAGGAAGAAGAAAUGCUUAUGAAAGUAAAGUUUAAAAAAAAUAAUUAUUCAUGAGACAUAUAUUUUUUAUUUAAUUAAUGCUGUAACUGAGAAAAAGUAGAACUUCACAAGCUUUUUCAGUAUGUUUGUACAUUUACUUUGAUUAAUUUCAAUUGAUGUUUUUGCAGGAAAAAUUAAUGAGAAAGAAUUUUGUUUAAAAGCAAAAAAGAUUUAAGACUAUUGGAAUAAAUUACAGUGCACUUAGUUUUCUAAACACUUGUAGAAAAUCACUUUGCUUAAAUUUGUCUUAUUUUAAAAAAUCCAUAAUUUUGUUUUGUUUUCAUGAGUUGACAAAAUUGAAUUUGUUUUUAUUCUAUUCAUACAUUUUAAUUGUGGUGUUAAGUUUUAUUCACACUAUUUUUUAAAAAGUUUAGAUGAAAAUGCAAAAUUCGUGAUCUUAGAAAUCCAAACUGCCAUAGUAUUCAUGUGUAGUCUAAUUGUAGCUAUUGGCCCUACCACUUGUGAUGAGAUUUUUUUUUUAAAUCCCAUUGAUGAACUUAAUGCAUGUGAGAAUGGUGCCAAUAUUCCUGAUGAGCUGUAUACUGACUAAAAUAAAAAAAAAAUAAAUCAGCUCACAAGAGAACUUAAAUUGAGCUCACAAAAUUCUUGAUGUUAGAAAUCAAGGUUGGCAUAUCUAUAUGGGUAGUCUAAUUAUAGCAAUUGCAGACCUGUUUACUCUUACGAUUUUGGCGUACAAUGUACGAUUUUUAGGUGUAUAGGUUGUAUAUACUGUUUAUUUUUUUACUAUAAAUAUAACGUAUUGAACGAUUUUGUGAUGAUAUUAUACGCUUUUAAGAGUUUGAGGGUAAACAGGUCUGCAAUUGGUCAAUUGUGAUGAGAUAUUUUUAAAAAAUGUCCUAUUAUUAUUAUUAACUUGUUGAUGCAUGUGAGAAUGCUGCCAAAAUUCCCAUUCAGCUUUGCACUCACUAAAACACAAAUUAAAAUAAAUCAGCUCACAAGAGAACUUUAAUUGUACUCACAAAAUUCUGUUGGAAGAGUUGUUUUUUCCUGAUGGUAAAAUUCUUUGGACAAACAGAAGACUUCAUUUGUACUUAUUAUACCAUAAAAAACCCCAAAAACUUAGGUAGGGUACUUUAAUAAAAUAAACAAAAAGGCCUAUACCAUGAAAGCAAAAUUUAAAUAGCCUAAAUUUUUGUUAGCUAUUAUGCUGAAGAUUACAUUUUUUAAAAUAAGAAUUAAAAUAUUUACUUAAAUAUUUUAUCUACAUGACCUGGUGAAUACUGCCCCCUAUUUUGACUGUUAGUUUGGGGGAGGAAGGGGUCAAAUUGAUUCUAAAAAGCUGUUGAAUGCAUAAUAUUUUCAACUGGAUUUUUUAAUUCAUAAAUAAAAAAGAACAUAAUUUGACUUUUUAAACUAAUAGUAUGAUUUUUCCUUAGAUUAACAUUGGAAUUAUUGGAACAUAUUUAAUUGCAUAGACAACAUAUUUUUGCACCCUUUAAAUUCAAAAUAAAAAAAAAAAUUUCUGCUCAGGCUGUACAUUUGUGGUUAUCUUAGAUUAUCUGGUAGGAAAGAAAUAGUUAAUAUUUAAAACUGUCUAUUUUCCUCUUUAGAUUAACCCAUGAGGUUGAUGAUCUCAAACUGAAGUUGGAGCUGAGUCUUCAAGAGCUGGCCAAGUCUAAGAGAAAUAUUGAAGAGCUCUCCAAUGAGAGAACUGAUCUGAAAGAUUCCCUAAACAAGGCUAAUAAAAUAUUGGAUGAAAGUUCUGAGGCAAAGGUUUGGUUGCUCUUCAGUUAAAUCAGAUAGAUUGAUUUUGUUUUAAAAGCGUGUGUUUUUUUUUACGGAUCUAAUGGUAGAAACACAUGCAUUCUUUUAGUAGAUUAAUUUAUAACCACUUGGUUUUAGACUGCAACAUAAAUGUGGUUGUGUUUUAUGAGACCUUGUUGAACACAUUGGAUCGGACUGGACAUUUUUUUAAACACUUUUUAUCAUAGGUUUUUAGAAAAUCUUAACAGUUUCCUAGUAAAUACUGUAGUGCUGCGAAAAGAAAAUAGAAAAAUGUCAGUUACUGAGCAUUUUCCCAUCUUGUGUGCCCAGAAUAUGCUUGCAGAAGAAAGGCGAUUGAAAAAUCAGAUGAAGGUUGAGAUAAACCGACUGGAACUGGACUUACAGGAGAAGACAACUCUUGCUGACAAGUUUGCAAAUGAGAAAUUUCAGAGAUUGGAGUUGGAAACUCAGGUCACUUGUCUGAGAGAUGUUGAAGAAAGAUUCAAGGUAAAAACAAACAUUUCAAAUAAUCUCAUUAAAAAGUGUUGUCUUUUAAAAAUACUUCAGUAAGAAAAGAAAAAAUCCCGCAAGAUUAAUUUAAAGGAAAUUAUAAUGUAUUUAUCAAGAGAGGAACAAAGGCUUAACUUAAUGUGAAUAUUUUUUUAAAAUUAGAAAUAAAGAUGUAUAAAAGUCCUUACUUGUUUAAGAUUUUUAAAAAAACAGUUGUUGUUUUUUUCCUGUGAUAUUAUAUAAUUCAAAAGUAGGCUAACAUUUUCUUUAUCUGUCCAAAAAUUGGAAGUCUUUCUUUUUUCUAAUUUAGAAAUUUAAAAAAAAAAGAUUAUUUCCAUUUAAAAGAACUUUUAAAAUUAACUUGCUAAUAAAAGAAACAAUUAUUUUCUGUCAGACUAUAAGUAAAGAUCUUGAAAAAGAACAGAGCGAGAAGAGAGCUCUUGAAGUCCUUGCUGAUGAACUGAAGAGAAAAAUAGCAGCCAUGGUCAGCCAAGAGGCGCUACAAGCAGUCAAGGAAGAAUGCAACAAAGAAAGGCAACUCCAUGCUCAGAUGGAGAAGAGAGUUAAAGACCUUGAGCAUAGUCUCAAAGAUACAGAGAUCAGCCGUGACUCAGCCAAUGAGUUGUUGGAGAAUGAACGCCAGCUGAGUCUCAGCCUGGAGAAAACUGUCAAAGAGCUACAGGUUUGAAAAUAUUUUUAAGCAGCUUAUAACUUUUGAACUCUUUUAUUUUAAAAUACUUAAAUCUUUCAAAAUAUGAUUUUUCACAGAAUGACACUUUAAAAUAUAAAUAAAUUCCCAAAUUGAGGCAUUUUGAAGUAUACAAUAUUUUUUCUUCCUAUUAUUAAUGAAACGUCUGCUGUGAAAUAUUCCAUAAAUUACCUUGCAUAUAUGUCACUAAAUGUUUUGGAAAUAAGAGUUUGAAAUGGUUCAUGCUUUCUUUCCAGGCUGUCACUGUCCAACAGACCAGUGCAGAGGAGCUGACCAGGCUGAAAGAUGAGUUAAACAAAGAGAGAGCCGCAUUGAAAGACCUGGAGGAAUCUGAAGCAGAUGUGCAGCUCCUGUGUGUGGAGCUUGAGAAACAGAGGACGUUGAAUGAACAGCUUGUCAGAAAGGUUGGUGUCGACAUGGUUAGGUGUGUGUGGUAUUUUGAAUACGAUGAUGAUGUGGUGACACAAGGCUUGUAGAUUUUUGUCUAGGUAUGUUAUAAUAUGUUUGGGGGAUGGGAAGCGGAUGUGCAGUUUUGGUAACCAAAUUUAUGUCUGCUUUUUAAAAACAUACGUGAUUAAUUAAUGUGGAGGAUAUGUGGGGAGGGAAAUAUUGGUUUGAGGGAUAAGCUAAUAAUAAAGGUAUUUUUCUAUGGCUACCUGCUUAGAGAAAUAUACGGUAAAAGUUACUGGCAUUGCUGCAUUGUCAUUGAAUUGGACAUAAAACACACCUUCAUAAGAAGGAAAAAUUUUGAACUUGCCGCAGGUGGAAGAACUGGAAUCUGCGGACAAAGAAUCAUCCAGCUCAACUAUGAAGGCAGCUCUAGAUGAACUGGACAGGGAGCGCAAGGCCCGGGCCAAGGAUGAUGCAAAAAUCCUGGACAUGGAGCAACUGUUGGAUGACCAGCGGAUAGACAACGAUGCCAUGGAGCAGAAGGUGGGUGGGGUACGGUGUAGUAAAACAUUAUUUUUUGCCUGAGACUUGACACCUUGAACCAUCAGGAUAACUGGCGUUUUUACUACCACCAGACCACAGAACUCUGUUUCAUUUUUUAUUGGCAUUAAAACAGCAGUCGAGGCUUGCUUUCCAAAAAUGAGGUGAAAGCUGCCGUAGGUCCAAAAAUUAGGUUCACAGACUGUUAGUUUGUUAACCACCCCUGUUAAUGCGGUCACUUUGUUGUUCGCAAGAUUUUACAGAUAUCUGUUUAUAAAACUCUUUAACGAUGGGAAGUACUGCAUUUAACCAUUCGGGAGCCAACGCCCGUCAUGACUAUUAAUCAGUAAACAGAUUGGUUAUAUCAUUUUUUGUCUCUAAACAGAUCAUCGCCUUGGAGCAAAGGGUGGUAGCUUUGGAAGAUGAACUUUUUGCCACUCAAGAUGAACUUCAAGCUCUUCAGGACGAUCAUGAUAAGGUGAUUUUGCUAGCUGUAUCUAUACUAAGAUUUGUUCUUGUUUUACUAAUGCACUAACCCUUUUAUGUGAUGUAUUUGUAUACUUACCUGGCAUUUAAAUACCAGUGUGUUUAGCUCCAAGGGGAAACAAUUUUUUAAAUAUUCAAAAACUAACUUAAUUUAAGAAGACUCAGAAAAAAAAGAAUAAUUUAUAUUAUUUACAUGAAUUAACUGAUAUUUUAAUUUUAUUAAUGUGCUUUAAUUUUUUAUUUCUCUCUAUAUUUUGAAUUAACGAUUUCAGCAUUGGAAUUACAUUUUCUUGAUUUCUUCAUACUUUUUUUAAAGGGAUUUAUUUCAGCAGAUGUAAAUGUUCCGUUAAUUUUCAUUGACAGCCAAGCUUGGUGGGUGAGGUUUUUUUUUAAUGAGUGUUUAGAACCCCACAAAGAAUAGCUAAUAGGUCCAUUCCUACCGACUGCACCAUCAUUGCUGGGGGGCAGUGUCUCAAACCCUUUCGAACCAGCUAUUCCUUAGUUGAGGGUCCAUUCCUACCGACUGCACCAUCAUUGCUGGGGGUCAGUGUCUCAAACCCUUUCGAACCAACUGUUCCUUAAUUGAGGGUCCAUUCCUACCGACUGCACCAUCAUUGCUGGGGGGCAGUGUCUCAGACCCUUUCGAACCAGCUAUUCCUUAGUUGAGGGUCCAUUCCUACAGACUGCACCAUCAUUGCUGGGGGUCAGUGUCUCAGACCCUUUCGAACCAGCUGUUCCUUAAUUGAGGGUCCAUUCCUACCGACUGCACCAUCAUUGCUGGGGGUCAGUGUCUCAGACCCUUUCGAACCAGCUGUUCCUUAGUUGAGGGUCCAUUUCUACCGACUCCAUCAUCAUUGCUGGGGGGCAGUGUCUCAGACCCUUUUGAACGAGCUAUUCCUUAGUUGAGGGGCCAUUCCUACGGACUACAUUAUCAUUGCUGGAGACAGACCCAUUCGAACCUGCUGUUCCUUAGGUGAGGGGCUUUUGACAUCACCACCAUGCCACAGGGCUGACACAACAAUGUUUGAAUAUGAUCAUUUUUUUUAAAAGAGGUUUUUGAAAUUCCACUGCCAUAGCAGAUCUUUGAGAUCUUUUGGUGUGUUUUCUUGCAUCCAGGUUGUGAAAGAAUUAGAAGUUUCUAGAGCUGAAGUGAUGAGCCUUGACACAGUAGAUGGUAACCAAAAACUAGCAGGGGGAGUCACCCCUGAGUUCUCCAGAGAUAAGGUGCAUAACUAUCCACUGUUAUUAUAUUUUUCUUAAAUAAAAAAUUAUUUAGUAUAAUAGUCAUUGUUUUUAAAAGAGUAAAGUUUUAUUGAUUGUUAUAAUCUUUAUAAAUAAUAAUAAAUAAAGGAUAAAUAUUUAUACAGAGGAAAUACAAUUAUGAGAUUUUAGCUUUAAAAAUUUUUUGUAAACAUUUCCCUUUGAAAGAUAUGAUAGGGUACAUCCAUCAUUUAAAUAUACUCUGAUGGAGUGGAGGAUUGUGGAGGUUUAUGAGAUUUGCUUACUGGUUUGUAUGGGAAGGGGUCUCGCCAGAAUGUGUCUGUACAUUUAUUCAUAAAAUAUACAAUAAUUAUCCUGAAGUCCUGUUCAUAACUAACCCAUUUAUAGCUCAAAUAUAGUCAAUUAUCUAGAAAAAAAAUCUGUGAAAUCCAUGAUUUCUAAUUAUUUUCAAAAUCCAUUAGAAAAAAAAAUUUUUUUUAAUGGAAUGUAAAUUUUCUUCUAGCACCUGGAGAACUCUCCAUCAAUUUCGACUGCUAAAUUGAAUGAAGCAUAUAAUGAUCUCAACACCGUAAAGACAAAACUGUUCCACACACAAGAAGAGUAUGAAUCAGCCAAAAUUGAACUGGAAAGCUCAAGGUAUAAAAAUAAAUGUUCAAAAUCUCAUUUAAUGAGUGUGGUUCAUAAAGAGUAUUGUUUUUCUAAAACCUGGCCACUUUAGGUCGAUAAUCAAUUUUGUGCUUUAAUUAACUGUUAUUUUCUUCUUCUUUUGCUUCCAGGCAAGAUUUGAGUUUGUUGAAACAGUCACUUGACAUGUCCAACAAGCACUUGGAGAAAUCUGAAAAUGAACUUAGAGCUUUAAGAAAGGAAUUAGCAGAAACUCAAGGUAUGAAAACAAAGAAGAGUUCCUUUCUUUACCUGCUUUUUAAAAUAAUAAUUUGUCUCAAUCUUGGCAUAUAAAUAUGAAAUUAAGCUCAUAAAGAGAUUUAAUUCAUGUUUGAUGAUUUAUUUCAGUUACAUUUCUUUGAAUGAUAACUUUUUUUCUCAUUCUUCCCAAUUUGUUACCAAAAAAUGUCAAUUUGGCAUAAAAAUAUAUUUCAAAUAUUUUUUUGUUUUUUUGGUGUUAAAAUUGAAAACUAAAUGGUUGGUAUGUGACAUUUAUAGAUCAAAUAUAUGAAGAACUGCGUACAAGUCAAUACAAGGAAAUAGUGGAAUAAGAUAUGUUUUGGCUUGAAAUGAAAAGAUGAGACAAUUAUAAAGACGUUUCUGCUAGAUGCCUUCUUCAACAGACAAAACAAAACAUGAAAGAAAUAGAGUAUUUUUUUUUCACUUCUAAAAAGAUCAUUUUUUAAAAUUUCUUAUUCAUCAAUAGAAUUUAUUAAAAUGUUUGGAAAUUAGAAACAAAAUGAAUAACCCAGAAUUUUAUUUUCACUUUAAAACACCCACCCCCCCCCACUUGUUUGUCAUCCCUUCCCCAUUGUAUUUUGUGUUCCCACACCUCCAUCGCUACAAACAGGCUCGCUUGAGUUCACCCAGAAUCAGCUGAAGAACAAACAAAUUUUUUUUUUUACAUUUUAAAAAGAUCAUUUUUUAAAAUUUUUUAUUCAUCAAUAGAAUUUAUUAAAAUGUUUGGAAAUGAGAAACAAAAUGAAUAACCCAGAAUUUUAUUUUCACUUUAAAACCCCCCCCCCCCCCCACUUGUUUGUCAUCCCUUCCCCAUUGUAUUUUGUGUUCCCACACCUCCAUCGCUACAAACAGGCUCGCUUGAGUUCACCCAGAAUCAGCUGAAGAACAAACAAAGUAAACUGGAGUCACUGGCCCGAGACAGAGACCAGCUCCAAAGUGAGCUGGAUGCCAUCAGCGACGCCCAGCAGGAAAACCUGAGUGCAGUGCCCUUCUUUGAAAAGGAGAGACAAGAGCACCUGGACAAGAUUGCUACACUUGAAAAGUUGACCAGGCAGCUGGAGCUGGACAACAGAGAAAUGGCCAGAAAGGUCAGACUUGAAUUUCCAGUUAAUGGUCAGUGAAUGAGAAAAUAUUAUUAUUUAUAAGCCAGAAGAGUCACAGAUGUAAGUGAAACAUUUAGAUUUUUGUAUUAACUCUUUUAAUCUUGAUAAAAGAUUGUAGUCGAAUAUUGAUACAUAGUUAACAUUGCUUUUUUCUUAUUAAAGGUUUCUUCCCAUGGCAUAAAGUUGCUUUUACUGAUAAAAAGUUGCCACUCUUGGUGUAAAGGCAGCCUUUUAGAUAAUUCCCUUUCUACAAAACAUCUAUUUUUUUGUCUCAGAAAAAACACCAGAAGAUAACUAAAAACAAAUAACUCUGUUUGGAGAAGGAAAAACACCAGAAGAUAACUAAAAACAAAUAACUCUGUUUGGAGAAGAAAAAGAAACAUUAUAAAAAAAAACCCUCAACAUCACUCAAUAAAAUUUGUUUCAAUUGUUGUUGUUGUUGUUGUUGUUAAAACAGCCAGAAAAAUGGCACUAUUGCUAUUUCUAUCAAAUGAUUUAAUUUUCUCAGUUGACUGACGCAAUGAACAAAUGUGAGAUCCUGGAAGGUCAGCUGGACAGAGAGAAAUUCAGAAGCUCAGGUGAGUUAAACCCUUCAUUAACAUGAAACGGAAUUUUUUUUAUGACUAUGUUUGUGGCUGUGCUGGUACUUUUAUGUUGUUGUUUGUUUUUUUUGUUUGUUUUUUUUUGGGGGGGGGAGAUGUAAUGCUAAUACUUUUAAAUUGUAUAUUGAGUACAAAUAAAUUUCUCAUGUUUGUGUUUGCAUUGUUAAUAAAAUAUAUAAUUUUCUUGUGUGACAGGAAUAAAUAAAAAAAGUUCAUUGACUGAACACAAUGAAUUUUAAAGAGAAAAAUGGAUUCUUUAUAGCUACACUUAUGAACUAAUAAUGAAUGCAUAAAAUGUAAUAGACUAGGUGUUACAUGUGGCAUAUUUUUGUAUUAUAACUGUUUAUUGUCUCUGGCAUUGUUAGACAAACAUCUGCAGAGCAGACGCUACACAGAACAGCUGGAACAGGACCUUGAUGCAGCCAACAGCCAAAUACGAC